AUGCUCGAACGCUUAACUUAUCGCACAAUGUUGAAUUUAAAAGUUGUAAUUCUUUCGAUAAUCCUUGUAGCUCAUUACUGUUUAGCUUCCCCCAUACCUGAGGGGGAAGCCGCACCCUCUUUUUCGGAGGAUCGUGAGAGAAUUGCGCAGCUUAUCAAAGGCGACUACAAUAAGGACCUUUUAUCUGCUAAGGAUGAAUUCAUACUUUCCAUUGCAAAUGACACUAAAAAUUUUUUUGAAUACUUUUACCAAAGAUCAGUAAAGGUAAGUGAAGAUGUCCUUGCCGAUACGGAAGUUACGAAUAACGAGGAUCAGAAUGUUAAGGAAUUUGUCAAAAACUUGACUGAACAUUUGCAAGAGGCUAAAAGUGCUGCUGAUAUUGAACAAAAAUUAAGUUCAUUCGUGCAUUUCUAUAAACUUAUGGAGAGGUUUGAUACCGAAGAUAUGAAAAGCCCCACAAAGAUCGAUAUUCUAAUCGAAGGCUACCUAAAUAAACAUGGCUUGGAUAAAUUUGACGAGGAAUUCAAAAAACUUUGCCCCCCUUUCCUUAAGCAAUUCAUUGAAAAAGCUGAGGAAGUUAAAAAGACCUUAGACGAAAGAGAUUUAAAGAAAUAUUCGAAUUUUAUUGAAGUGAUCGAGAAUUUGAACGAACAUCUUACAAUUGAGUUGAAGGGAAAGCAAAAUGAAAAAAAGCCGGAUAAUUAA